UGAAGUGAAUGUGGUUGGGGUUGGUUGUGCCGACAGAAGCGAGUACUUUCAGGAAAUCAAUCGUGCUAUCCAAAAGAAAACCAAUAUGGAUGCUUGGCUAAAACCAGUCUUUGCCGAUUUGAUAGAGAACAAGAAGUUUUCCGACUGCCGCAUUCUCGUGGAGAACGAAGCCUUUGAUUGCCACAAAGUGAUCCUGGCCAGCUGCUCCGAGUUUUUCGAGCGCCUGUUCCUGGGCUCCUUCCGGGAGGCCAAGUCCGAUGAAAUUCGUUUGCAGGAGGUUAAACCGAAAACCUUUGCAAUGUUCAUUCAAUAUGUGUACACCUACAGCAAGGAGAAGCUUAAUGAGUGCAACAACUCCAUGAUAAUGGACCUCCUGAGCUGCGGAACCAGGUGGCUGGUGGAUUCUAUCGUUUCUGAAUGCGUGAAGAUCCUCAAGGGACGGGUUAAUGAUAUGAUGCUCGAUGAUCUCAUCGAUCUUUUCCAGAACGCGCACAACAUCAACCACCAAGAGCUGAUAGAAAUUUCAGUUAAGUUUCUGCGAAGCCGCUUUUCUACGGAUAUGAAUUGCUAUGAUGUCCUGACCCUGACCUCGGAUGUCUUUGAGCAGUACACCAUCAUUACUGGUGGCUACUUGCCCGAGAUCGAGCGGUUCAAGAUGAUCGAGGCCUAUGUCACUGUUAAUGGUCUAAUCGAUUCCGACCCAGCCGAGGCCUCGGAGGUUGAAAUAUACCAUAAGAAAGAGGGCGACAGUGGCAUUGGUGAGUUGGUGGCCGCAAAAACAUUCGCCGAUGACGAUCAAGAGUAUUCCGAUGCGUCUUUCGUUGAGGAAUACGAGGACAAGGAAGAGGAUGAGGCUAAGGAACGUGGCACGGUUGAAAAGAAUAAGAUGAAGAAUACAAAAAUAAAAGUGCUGCACUCGAAAUAUGUAGAAAUGCUGCUGAGCCACAUAAAAUUCAAUAAGAUGAGCAAGACCGAAUUUUACCACAUCGUUGGCAAAUCUUCAUUGUUGACCUUGAAGGAGAAAUACGAAAAUAUGUACCUAACUCAACCAGAUAAACUGGAAUAAUAUCAUAAAGAUUUAUAAAUCUUUAUUAAAUUAAUCUAAAAAACGAUUAUUCGUUGCGUUAUAAAAAUGAAUUCAUUGAAGUAAAAAUGUAAAUGUAAAAUGCAGUAAUUUAUGUUGAACAUAACAAUUGUGUUAUAAAAAUAAAGUAAAAUAUAUACGAAAUGCUAAAU